AUGGAGCCUGGUGAAGGAGGUCAAGACUCGAGCGCUAACGAAAGGUUGGUCACCAUCACUGGACAACCUAUUAAUAUCCAAAUGGCCGUCUCCCUCUUGUAUCGUCGAUUGGAAGCCGAAAAACUUAAGUUUGAGAACCCUGGAAUGGCAAGUGGACUUUAG